CGUUUUGGUUGUUGGUUUCUUAACAAGGUGGGAAUGCAGCGGUGUGAGUGGUUAUGUAGUGAUCAAGGAUCGCAUUUUUAAUUAUUAAGAACAGCGUGUUUUGUCGGUUUCUUAACAUAGACUGAAAUUUAAAAUAGUUUGUUGUAACUGAUACGUAAUCAUGGCUUCAGAGGAAUUGGAAGACGAAUCUUUCGCGGGCGGUGACGAUGAUGCAGGGGACGAUAACCUGUCGUCGCGACCAGAAGGCACCACCGAAGAAAAUUCCCCGGAAUCUGAAGAAGGCGUACCUGGAGAUGAGGAUGAUGAGUAUGAACCAGAAGAUUCUCGUAUCAAACGAAAGAAGAGUAAGAAGAGAAAAGCAAGAAGUGAAGACAAGAAAGGCAAGAAGAAGAAGAAAAAGAGGAAGACGGAGAAGGAGAGUGGAGAUGAAAGUGACUUUGCUGGCGAGGAAGAGACGGGCGGUAAUGACUCGGACUACGGGGCCGGGGGCAGUCGCAAGUCGCGGAAGUCGAAGGGCAGCACGAAGCACACGCCGCCUCCAGCUCCCGUGCCGUCCUCCAACCCAGAGAUGCCGAGCGUGGCAGAAGUGUGCGAGACGUUCGGCCUCACGGACGUGAACAUAGACUACUCGGAGUCGGACCUCCAGAACCUGACCACAUACAAGUUGUUCCAGCAACACGUGCGCCCCAUCAUUUCCAAGGAGAACCAGAGGGUGCCGAUGUCGAAGUUGAUGAUGCUUGUUGCUGCCAAGUGGAGAGAGUUCGUAACUGUCAAUCCGAAUGCAGAGGAGGACAACGACUCGGCCACCGAGGAGUCUUACAACCGAAAGCCCAGUCGCUCGAGAUCGUCCAAAGAAAAGAGCGAGAGCCUGGACCUGGGGCUGGAGGACGAGGACGAGGACGAGCGCGAGGAGAAGAAGAAGAAGCGCAGCAGCGGCCGCAAGAAGACCGGCGGCAGCGCCAAGAAGGCGGCCAGCAAGGUGCCCACGCUCAAGAUCAAGCUCGGGAAGCGCAAGAGGGGCAGCUCGGAGGAGGAGGGGGAGUCGCUGGCCAACUCGGAGCGCGACUCGGACGCGGAGUUCGAGCAGAUGCUGCAGGAGGCGGAGGACGCCAGCAAGACCACGCCCGAGGACGGGGCCGGCGAGGAGGAGGAGGAGGCGGAGGCCGGCGGCGCCGACACCCCUCCGUCCGGCCAGGCCGCCCCGCCCCGCCGCAAGGCCAAGACCAAGAUAGGCAACAAGAGCAAGAAGAAGAAGAAGACCAAGACCACGUCCAAGUUCCCCGGCGGCGAGGGGGAGGAUGGCUACGAGACGGACCACCAGGACUACUGCGAGGUGUGCCAGCAAGGGGGGGAGAUCAUCCUGUGCGACACGUGCCCCCGGGCCUACCACCUGGUGUGCCUGGACCCCGAGCUGGAGGAGACGCCCGAGGGCAAGUGGUCCUGCCCCCACUGCGAGGGUGAGGGCGUGCAGGAGCAGGACGACGACGAGCACAUGGAGUUCUGCAGGUUGUGCAAAGACGGAGGAGAACUACUGUGCUGCGACUCCUGCCCGUCCGCGUACCACACGUUCUGCCUGAACCCCCCGCUCACUGACAUUCCCGACGGGGACUGGAGGUGUCCGCGGUGCUCGGCGAAGCCCCUGCCGGGAAAGGUGCAGAAGAUCCUGACGUGGCGUUGGGUCGAGAGGCCCAGCCCGGAGGAGGAGAGGCCGUCGGAGGAACCGUCCACCAGUAAAAAGCCGCCCCGCCAGCCUCCUCGCCUCCGCGAGUUCUUCGUCAAGUGGAACGAAAAGUCGUACUGGCAUUGCUCCUGGGUGUCGGAACUGCAGAUGGAUGUCUUCCACCCCUUGAUGAUUCGUAACUACAUGCGGAAAUACGACAUGGAUGAGCCGCCAAAACUGGACGAUCCGGUUGACGAGAUGGACAGCAGGAUGAAGAAGAUCAGAGAAGUGAAUGCAGAUGAUAUCGAACUGGAGGAAAAAUAUUACAGGUACGGGAUCAAGCCGGAGUGGAUGAUCGUGCACCGCAUCAUCAACCACCGCACGAUGAGGGACGGCCGGACGCUGUACCUGGUGAAGUGGCGCGACCUGUCGUAUGACCAGGCGACCUGGGAGGACGACAGCGAGGACAUCCUGGGCCUGAAGCAGGCCAUCGAGUACUACCACGACCUGCGGGCGGCGUGCAGCGCGGAGAUCUCGGGCUCGAAGAAGGCCAGGAAGGGCAAGAGCAAGCGGACGAAAGCCAGGGAGCUUCAGGACGAGGACAGCGAUUCGAAACUUCCGACGAGGUUCACGCCCCCCCCGGACAAGCCGAUGACGGACCUGAAGAAGAAGCUGGACAAGCAGCCGGACUACAUCGACCUGACGGGCAUGCAGCUGCACCCCUACCAGCUGGAGGGGCUCAACUGGCUGCGCUACUCCUGGGGCCAGGGCAUCGACACCAUCCUCGCCGAUGAGAUGGGUUUGGGCAAAACCAUCCAGACAAUCACGUUCCUGUAUUCCCUGUACAAGGAAGGUCACUGCAAAGGACCGUUCUUGCUCAGCGUCCCGCUGUCGACCAUCAUCAACUGGGAGCGGGAGUUCGAGACGUGGGCGCCGGACUUCUACGUGGUGACGUACGUGGGGGACAAGGACUCGCGGGCGGUGAUCCGGGAGAACGAGCUGUCGUUCGAGGAGGGAGCCGUGCGGGGCGGCAAGGCCUCGCGCAUCCGCUCCUCCACCAUCAAGUUCAACGUGCUGCUGACCAGCUACGAGCUGAUCUCCAUCGACGUGGCGUGCCUGGGCUCCAUCGACUGGGCCGUGCUGGUCGUGGACGAGGCCCACCGCCUCAAGAGCAACCAGUCCAAGUUCUUCCGCCUGCUGGCGAGCUACAACAUUGCGUACAAGCUCCUGCUGACGGGCACGCCGCUCCAGAACAACUUGGAGGAGCUGUUUCACCUGCUCAACUUCCUCUGCAAGGAGAAGUUCAACGACCUGGCCGCCUUCCAGAACGAGUUUGCCGACAUCUCGAAGGAAGACCAGGUCAAGAAGCUACACGAAAUGCUGGGGCCGCACAUGCUCCGUAGGCUAAAGGCUGAUGUGCUGAAGAGCAUGCCCUCCAAGUCCGAGUUCAUAGUGCGGGUGGAGCUGUCCCCCAUGCAGAAGAAGUAUUACAAGUUCAUCUUGACGAGGAACUUCGAGGCUUUGAACCCCAAAGGUGGAGGCCAGCAGGUGUCGCUGCUCAACAUCAUGAUGGACCUGAAGAAAUGCUGCAACCACCCGUACCUGUUCCCGGCGGCGGCCCAGGAGGCCCCCGUCACGGCCAGCGGCCAGUACGAGAACCAGUCCCUCACGAAGGCCUCGGGCAAGCUGCUGCUGCUGUCCACCAUGCUGCGCAAGCUCAAGGAGCAGGGACACAGGGUACUCAUAUUCUCGCAGAUGACCAAGAUGCUGGACAUCCUUGAGGACUACCUGGACGGCGAGGGCUACAAGUACGAGCGCAUCGACGGGAACAUCACCGGCUCGGUGCGGCAGGAGGCCAUCGACAGGUUCAACGCCCCCGGGGCCCAGCAGUUCGUCUUCCUGCUGUCCACCAGGGCCGGAGGACUGGGCAUAAACCUGGCGACGGCGGACACCGUCAUCAUCUACGACUCGGACUGGAACCCGCACAAUGACAUCCAGGCGUUCUCACGCGCCCAUCGCAUCGGGCAGGCCAACAAGGUGAUGAUCUACCGCUUCGUGACGCGCAACUCGGUGGAGGAGCGCGUCACGCAGGUGGCCAAGCGCAAGAUGAUGCUGACGCACCUGGUGGUGCGGCCGGGCAUGGGGGGCCGCGGGACCACCUUCUCCAAGCAGGAGCUGGACGACAUCCUGCGCUUCGGCACGGAGGAGCUCUUCAAGGAGGAGGAGGGUAAAGAAGACGAAGCUAUCCACUACGAUGACAAAGCGAUAGACGAGUUGCUCGACAGAACCAAACAGGGUAUCGAACAGAAAGAGAAUUGGGCCAAUGAGUACUUAUCAUCUUUCAAGGUUGCGAGUUACGUGACAAAAGAAGGUGAAGAGGAGGAGGAGCCCACGGAGAUCAUCAAGCAGGAGGCGGAGAACACAGACCCCGCCUACUGGGUGAAGCUGCUGCGGCACCACUACGAGCAGCAGCAGGAGGACAUGGCCCGCACGCUGGGCAAGGGCAAGAGGGUCCGCAAGCAGGUCAACUACAGCAUGGAAGGCACUGUGGAUGGAGGCGACAACACAACCUGGCAAGACAACCUGUCCGACUACAACUCUGACUUCUCAGUUCCUUCAGACGAUGACAAAGAAGAUGAUGACUUCGAUGAGAAAGCAGAUGCCAACGACCUGGGCAGGCGGAGCCGGCGACGCAUGGAGCGCCGAGAUGAGAAAGAUCGUCCCUUGCCCCCGUUGCUGGCGCGCGUCGGUGGAAACAUGGAGGUGCUUGGCUUCAACGCUAGGCAACGGAAGGCGUUUUUGAAUGCCAUCAUGCGCUACGGGAUGCCGCCCCAGGAUGCGUUUAACUCCCAGUGGUUGUGUUCCAGGCUGGUGCGGGACCUGCGGGGCAAGUCGGAGAAGAACUUCAAAGCGUACGUGUCGCUGUUCAUGAGGCACCUGUGCGAGCCGGGAGCGGACAACGCCGACACCUUCGCAGACGGCGUGCCGCGGGAGGGGCUCAGCCGGCAGCACGUGCUGACUCGCAUCGGGGUCAUGUCGCUCAUACGCAAGAAGGUGCAGGAGUUCGAGCACAUCAACGGCUACUACAGCAUGCCGGAGCUGAUCCGCAAGCCGGUGGAGCCGGUGAAGCUGGGGCUGGGCGGGGAGUCGGGGGAGACCCCGCGGAGCGGCGCCACCAGCACCAGCGCCACCCCGGCCACUAGCGCCGCCGCCAGCCCCACGCCCACCGUCGCCAGCCAGGAGGAGGCCAAGGACAAGGAGAGCGAGGAUGUGGUACUGAAGGACGAAGAGGGGAAGGAGAAGGAAGCCACGCCCAAAGAGGAUGGCAAGGAGCCAGCGGUGAAGGAGGAGUCGAAGGACGAGGAGGAGGAGGCGAAGGGCGAGGAGGCGAAGGAGAAGGAAGGCCCGGCGGCGGGAGUGAAGAUGGAGCUGGAGGAAGAGAGCGAGGCGGCGGGCAGCGAGGCCGCGGAGCCGUCGCAGCCCAAGGACGACGCGCCGGAGGGCAAGGACGCGGAGAAAAAGGAAGCCGAAGAGGAGGCGCCGAAGGAGGAGGUUAAGAAGGAAGAUGCGAAAGAAGACGAGGCACCUGUAGAGCUCGGCGCGCCGGAGGGCAAGGAGGCCGCGAAGGAGGAGCGCAAGGAGGAGAAGAUCCAGAUGGACCCCAGCAAGAUGGAGGAGAUGUUCGACAAGCAGAAGCGCAAGUUCAUGUUCAACAUCGCGGACGGCGGCUUCACGGAGCUGCACACGCUGUGGGUCAACGAGGAGAAGGCGGCGGUUCCCGGCCGCGAGUACGAGAUCUGGCACAGGAGGCACGACUAUUGGCUGCUUGCCGGGAUCGUCACCCACGGCUACGGGAGGUGGCAAGACAUCCAGAACGACAUCCGCUUCUCCAUCAUCAACGAGCCGUUCAAGAUGGACGUGGGAAAGGGGAACUUCCUGGAGAUUAAGAACAAGUUCCUGGCAAGAAGGUUUAAGCUCCUGGAGCAGGCGCUGGUGAUCGAGGAGCAGCUCCGCCGGGCGGCCUACCUGAACCUCACCCAGGACCCCAACCACCCGGCCAUGUCCCUCAACGCCCGGUUCGCAGAGGUGGAGUGCCUGGCGGAGUCCCACCAGCACCUCUCCAAGGAGUCCCUGGCCGGCAACAAGCCCGCCAAUGCCGUCCUUCACAAGGUGCUGAACCAGCUGGAGGAGCUGCUGUCGGACAUGAAGUCGGACGUGUCGAGGCUGCCGGCGACGCUGGCCCGCAUCCCGCCCGUGGCCCAGCGCCUGCAGAUGUCGGAGCGCUCCAUCCUGUCCCGGCUGGCCGCCACCACCACCUCGUCCAGCACGCCGACCACCUCCACCGCCUCCCAGCAGGGGCCCACAGGUAUCUUGACUAGUCAGUUCCCGCCAGGGUUCCAGUCGGGCCAACUGCAGUCUGGGUUCGGCAGCGCCAACUUCGCCUCAUUCCGACCUCAGUAUUCAGUUCCCGGGCAGCCGCCCCAGGGAUUUCCUGCAAAUUAAGUUCACGUACAGAUAGAGGACGACGUUUGGCCAGUUAAGAGUGUGUGGAAAUUUGAAGACACUCUAGUUUUAAUGGAAAAAUGACUCAGUUUUCUGUGUGUCACAAUGGAUCUAAACGACAGAACACUUCAGUUGGAAAGAGACGCAUACCAAGACUGUCAGAGGACAAGUGAAAGUGAUAUUAUUCAUUUCCAUUUUUCUGCGUAGGUGGACUGAAUCCUUUAUUGUGUAAUCUACACGCUGUGUUUUAUGUGGUUUAUCUUCGCAGCUGGUACGUGAUUCUAUUCAUUAUCCUCGUUGGCAUUUCGACUUUUCGCUUUAGUUCUUAAGUUGGUUGUGAAUUUGCCUCACUGCUUGUGAACCCCGGCUACCUAAUUAUUUUAAAAGCAGUUAAAUGGCAUUUCGGUAGAUGGAAGUUUGUGAAUUUUAAAGAAACCCUGUAAAUUUUCCUUAAAUAAAGUAAUUAUCUGUGCUGCCUAAGUCUUUAAAUGUCAUCUCAAGGUCUAUCAUGCUAGAGAUUAGAUUUGAAAUAAGAACACUUUGGUGAGGUUAAUGUUUGUUCAACUGUUUUGAAUCUAUAAUGACUGUGUCAUGUGGAGUUGAUUUUCACAACUCUGUCCAAGCAUUUGUGUUUGUAGAUUGUAAACGACAGUUGUCUGUUAAUCUGUACAAGUCCUAGGAUAAUUAAUUCCUACAUGUUUUUAAUAUGAACCUAGUGUGGCACAAAGAAAUGACAGCUGGCAAAUAAAUACCUACCAUCCUUAAAAAAAUUA